GUAUCCAGGGUCUGAUCGACCAUUAUGCGGACAAGUUCCCCGCAGUUGCAAAGGUGAACGCGCCAUUGACAUUGGUGUUGGUGGUGCUCCUCGGCUAUUGGUUGUACACUCUGUUCGCCAUAAGCGCAGCACCGCAUUGGGUUCUUUGGGCCGCCAUCGCCAUCUACUGUGCCUUUGUGGGUCUCACAAAGACUAUGGAGCUUGGAUUUCCGAAGGACACAGCGGAAGAGCAGAUUUCAGCCCUCAAGGACCCCAGCUACAACUUCUGGCAUUUUUGGCUCCACAACUUCUUCACGGCUUUUUUCCUCUUCCUAUCGGCCACUUGCCCAGGCGUCUUUCCGAAAGAUGCAUUGAUUGACUUUGGCGGGACGGCUCUUGCAGAGGUGCGCGAAAAAGACACGGAGUUCUCCCCGGCACAGAUUAUCGUGUUGCUCGGUGUAUGCCUUGUGUCCUUUGUCGUGGGCAUCGGGAUUGGAG